UAGUCAACAACUACUAUAUUUUUAUGCCAAACCACCGUGAAAUCACCGCCUUUGACACUAUUCUGGUUAUCCGUUCAUUGACCUCCCACUCCCCCCCCUUUGGAUUAUAUACCCCUUCUCUCCCUAACCCUAAAUCUAUCUUACCCUGAUUCUGAUUCCUCCCGGAUUUGUUUGUUUUUUCGAUUUCGGGCUUUUCGUCAUUUACAGUAGUACUAUGGUGGUUUGAUUUGGUUGAGCUCAGCUAGCUAGCUAAUGGAGGGGAGUGAUGAGACGAGUAGUGGUAAGCAAAGACCUAAUUCUCCAUUCGGGUCCUCACCGCCUGCUUCUUUUGCGAGGCCAAAUCAUCAUUUAGAUAUUCCCAAUUUCAAUUCAGCUCAGGUAGGUUUACCCAUGCGUCAAUUGUCGCCGGCGCCGAGCCCGGAGACGACUUCCAAGAGACUCGGCAUCCCUCCUUCGCAUCCCAACAACCCCAUGAGGCCUCAACCGCCUUCUUGGAGUUUGAGCCCAUCAGGCGGUUCAGCUCAUUCAAGGUCGUUGUCUCAGCCCGCGUUUUUCUCGCUUGACAGUCUGCCCCCUUUGAGCCCUUUGACUUCUUACCGCGAGCCCACGGCUUCUUCGCUCUCGGACCCGAAUUCCGCGGAUGUGAACAUGGAGGAGUCUGUGGUGAACUCUCAUGCUCAGUCCAUGAGGUCUCCGGUGACCGACGGCAAUCCGUUUUGGGCCGGCGACGGGCUGCCUCCGAGGAGGGGGCACAGGAGGUCUAAUAGCGAUGUGCCGUUGGGAUUCUCGGCUGUGAUUCAGUCCUCGCCGCAGUUGAUUCCGAUUGGGCGCAGGGCUAGCUUUGAUGGGAAGGAGGCUGCGAAGCCGGUGCAGCUGGUGAGGCAAGGUUCGAGUGGGGAUAACAAUGGUGAGUUGAUGGGGGAUAGGAAAUCAGGUGGGGAAGUUGUGGAUGAUUUGUUUAGUGCUUAUAUGAAUUUGGAGAAUAUUGAUAGAAUGAACUCGCCGGGUGGUGAGGACAAGGAUUUGGAUAGUAGGGCGAGUGGCUCGAAGAAUGGGGGCGAGAGUAGUGAUAAUGAGGUGGAGAGUGGGGUGAAUGGGAAGUGGUCGAGUUCUGGUUUUUCGAGUGAGAAGAAGGAAGGGGGGAAGAGGGCUGCUGGUGGAGAUGCAGGGCGAACUGUCCGACAUUGUAGGAGUGUUUCAAUGGACAGUUAUAUGGAUAAUUUGAAUUUCGAUGAUGAACUGAUGAAGCCUCUGCCUCUGGGAAGUCAGGUGGGUCAGCUGUCACCUAGCACUUCGGUGGAUGGGAACUCGGCUAAGUUCAGCAUGGAGUUUGGAAGUGGCGAGUUCAAUGCAAUUGAGCUGAAAAAGAUAAUGGAGAGUGAAAAGCUUUCUGAGAUAGCUGUAUCAGACCCCAAACGUGCAAAGAGGAUUUUAGCUAACCGUCAGUCAGCUGCUCGUUCCAAGGAGAGGAAGAUGCGAUACAUUGUAGAAUUGGAACACAAGGUGCAAACCCUGCAGACUGAGGCAACGACUUUAUCUGCCCAGGUCACUAAGUUGCAGAGGGACUCUAUGGGUUUUACAAGUGAGAACAAUGAGCUGAAAUUCCGACUUCAAGCCAUGGAGCAACAAGCACAACUUAAAGAUGCUUUAAAUGAGGCCUUGACAGGAGAAGUCCAGCGCCUAAGAAUUUCUGCUGCAGAGCUUGGAGGAGAAGGCAACCUUUCAAACCGCAUGUCCCAGCAGCUUUCAAUUAAUCAACAAAUGCUCCAACUACAGCAACUCAACCUCUACCAGAUGCACCAACAGCCACAACAGCAAAGUCAACAACAGAUGAUGCAGCAGCCACAACAAAACAGACCACCUUCCCAUCAGCAGAAUGGCAGUGCUUCAAAGCAUGAAUCAAUGCAAUAGCGGGGUUCUCAGAUGUUGGCUUGUGUUGCGAAUGUUAAUGAUGGCCAAAUUCCUUUCUAAUAUCAAUAGUACAAGUCUAUAUAAUUAUCUAAAUUUAUUGACAUAUAUUUAUGUAUUAUAAUUAAAUUUACUUGAAAGGUAAGAACAUUUUUUGGUUUAUUGGGUUGAUUGUUGUAUUGAAAGGUUUAGAAGGGAAAACAUCAAGCCAUGGAGAAGUGUCAAGUAGAUUUUGUUUCGAG